UAGGGUUUCAUUAGUACCCUGACCGUCCCUCCGUACUUUCCCUUCCAGCGCCGUGGCCUUCUAUUUAGAGAAGGUUAUCAUAUUGCUUUCCCUCUAUUCUCUAUUAUGGAUCCUUCGUCCUCUACUUCAGGUCACCUUCCUCAAAGACGUGUUCUUCCUUCGCGUUCUCGACGCGGUGGACCAGGGGUGGGCAAUUGCGAAGCUGACCAGAUGAUUUUGGAUAUGAAUCGUCGCAAACCGGAAAAUGAGCCAUUGAUUCCUGAGACUACCCGUUUUUUCUUGACCACCAACGCCACUCUUGCCCCUCCUGAACUUGAUCCAAUACCUCAAUUGCUUAACCCCCGCGCGAAUGAACGAUAUUUUGAUCGACCAGAACUCUUGAAGGCUUGUAGGCAACAACAAGAAAUUGAAGUACCGGAGUAUGAGAACGUGACAGAAACGGUCGGUGGCCGGUUUCGACCUCGAGGAUCAGAAGAUGUUCGUGCAUUCUGCAUUUACUUUCAGCGAACAUGUUGAUAUAUUUCAACGUACUCUACUAGGGAAUUGUUGAUACCUCCGAUGCUGCAUAUGAGAGACGGCAUAGGAAAUACGAGACCUUCGAGAAGAGAGUUCGUUUACGAGAAAAGGAAAAACUCAAACAUGAACAGUACAAACUGCACGAACGAAUAGAACAGCUGCGCGCCAUGGAAUACUCCGCAUUUCUUUCUCUUCCUGCCUCUGCAUUUUCUCCCGCUCCCGGUCGUAUUGAAGGUGAUGAUGUUGAGGGACCCGGAAUUUCCGGUCUUCCUGGUGCUCAUAUAAACGGGGCAGCCGCCAUGAACGAAGCGGAGAGGCGACGGCAAGAGAUGCUGGAUGCUGCACAGGUAAUUGAAAAUCGAUACAAAAUGCUUCUCCCGCCUGACCGCGUCCGGAAACUCAACGGGAGUACUAGCAGUACACCUAUUCUUCCUGCGUCAUCUCCUCCUCCCGAGCUGUCGGAUAUAUCGAUCCCUACCAAAGCCUCGUCCGUUAAACUGUACAGACAGUACCCCACGGACGACGGUGAAUCAGAAAUUGACGAGAAAGACGAGGUUGUGGAAUCUUCUCCUCCCCCUCUAGAGAAACCCAAGCAACCAAGGCUCUUAAUCAAGAUAAACAGAUCAGCUAUAAACACCCCCACGCCUCCGCUCUCCACUUCCGUACCAACGGGUGCUAAAGUGGGCAAACAGCACACGAAAAAGAAUCAGAAAAUAAAACCACAGCCCGAACUGAAUGGUGUGUUUUCAGCCGAUACUCCAAUGUCUAGUCCGGACAUAGCAGUCCUUGAAACCUCCGCUUCCUCUACCCCUGCCAAGAAGAGCGGGCGCAAACGUCCUCGCCCAGACGAAGGAGAAGGAGUACCUGGCCAAGCUCCAGCGCCUCCUCGCCGUCGGAAAAAGACAAAGCCACAACCCGUGCUCAACCAAGAAGCAGUCCCUGCGCCUGGUCACCGCGCUGAGAGUCAACCGAAGACCACCUCACAACUAGACGAGCUUGUUCCACCUCCCACCCCACACAGUGAAUCUGGACCUCCGUUUAACAAAGAGACCUCAGUACCGCCUAUUGCUUUUCUCGAUGAGUCUGCCUCCGCUCCUGUCCCUCGCCGUCGUGGUAUGCCAUCCUAUUCUGCCGGGAUACGCUCCACCUCGGCUGCACCUCGUGCACGCGCCCUGCCGCCGCCGAAGCCUUGCUUGCUCGUUGUAACAGCCGAACGACAUUCCAUACAAACAGUUUCUCGGAAGGGCAGAAAUACCAAUGCGUUUGGAUGUAAAGUCCCUGUAGAGAUUGAUAUGGAGUUGGAAUACGAGUUGCCGUUGUGGAUUUUGCAGGAUGAUGAAUUCCAAAAGCGAUUCAGUAGAUAUCCCGAUGCCAAGGAUAAAUUCAAUCCAGAGUUGGUGUUAAACCCCAAGUUUAAUCCCAAGAAACACUUCGAGGAACAGUUGGUUGAUGCCCUGAACUCUGAAAAGGAGAGAGAGGCUACGGAAGCAUCUACGAGUGAUAGCGGCGAGACGGAGGGUGAAGCGGAGGAACACGAUCAAGAGGAAGGGGCUGGACAGCAGGAGAAUGAUGCUGAAGAGGAGCAGGCGAAGGAAGAACCAGAAGAGGGUUUAGAAGAAGAGACGACAUCGCGCAAACGGGCCCCAAAAACGACGGUGGAUCAGGAUGAGCAAAUGAUAGAUGUGGAGGGUAUUGAAGAUUUUGAUCCUUGACAUCCUCAUCCUGUCUCGUCUCUUGUUUUACAUCGUAGUACAUCUCAUCCUCUUGUGUGCAUG